UUUAUCUUAGAGAUGGAUGAGAAACAUGAUUAUGAUAAGGUAGAUGAAGUUAUGCUACCCGGUUUUCGGUUUCAUCCAACUGAUGAAGAGCUUGUAGGAUUCUAUCUGAAGAGAAAGAUUCAACAACGUACUCUUUCCAUUGAGCUUAUCAAACAGUUGGAUAUCUACAAAUAUGAUCCAUGGGAUCUUCCAAAAAUGGCGACUACAGGAGAAAAAGAAUGGUAUUUUUACUGCCCAAGGGACAGGAAGUAUAGAAACAGUACAAGGCCGAAUCGAGUGACCGGAGGUGGGUUUUGGAAAGCAACUGGAACUGACAGACCUAUUUACGCUUCUGAAGGCUCCAAGUGCAUUGGCUUAAAGAAGUCCCUUGUUUUUUACAAAGGUAGAGCUGCUAAAGGGAUAAAAACUGACUGGAUGAUGCAUGAAUUUCGGCUACCUUCACUGACUGAUUCGACUGCACUUAAGAGACCCAUUGAUAAAAACUUACCACCAAAUGAUGCAUGGGCUAUAUGCAGAAUCUUCAAGAAAACUAACUCAAUGGCACAAAGAGCACUUUCUCACUCUUGGGUUUCACCAGUGCCUGAAACAACUCAGUCAGAUGUGCUUACUUAUGGAACAAAUUGCACCCAGUUCAGUCCUGAAAACCUCUCGUGCACAACUGACCAAGGCAGAUCUUCGGCCAUACAGUACUGUUCAAACAAGGAUUUUACACCAACUUCUUCCACUAGUUUUUCUCCUAGUGAGUUUCAUUCCUACAAACCAAUGAAUCCAGCCGUUUAUAAACCAACCCAACAUCCCAUUUCAAACGGAGAAGUUCUAUCUGGCUUCGCUUCGUUUCCUCCUCUUGAUAUGGCAGGUUCCGCCAAGUAUUCAGUUGAUGUUGCUUCUUUGCUUUCAAACUUAUCCCCUGCUUUACUUGGAGAUGUUAGUAAAAGUUCAGAGAGCAUAGAUUUUGGUGGGACUGAACAGAGGACUAGUAAUGGUUUUUCCACCAAUUUACCACAGGAGAUGCAGGGAAAUAUGGGUACAGUAGAAGAAGAAUCAUGCUUGAGGAAGAGUAACCAAAAUGCAUUAGCAACAGGCAACAACCAGUGGGGAACUGCUCGAUCUGUAGGGUAUCCCUUUGAUCUGCCCGAUGCAUGGAAGACCAAUUUUCCAUGGGAAUCUCCCCCUUGUCCAAGUGAAAUGUCCACGAGCUACUCGACAAACAAGUGCUACAUUUAAACAAACUGUUAUACACGUGAGGUGCUUUUGUAGUAGCUAGAGUGAGGAAGUUGGAGUUCAUGUGAGAAACGUUCUGUCUGCAGGUUUUCUGUAUAGUUUUUCGUCAUUCCAACUACACACGUUUAGGGUGGAUUAAGUCUGUUUUCUAGGUUCUAACCUUGUUUCUAAUUAGAACAUUAAUAUAG